GGCAUAUCACGGCUGAACCCUCGUUCUUUUAUCGUUAAUCGCUUCCCUGGGUGGAGCGCCUUGUGCCAUUACAUCAGAUGGUCACUUAUCGCCAUUGUGUGUCUUUGUGGAUUAAUGUACCAAUCACUGAAGUCAUUUGAAGCUUUUUUUGAAUACCCGUAUGAAGUGGUCGUUUACGAUAGCAGAGGCUCGAAUAAAUUGCUUUUUCCAUCGGUGACAGUCUGCCCUGAUAUUUGGGUUGAUUCGCAGACAAAAUACUGCAAAUCCGAUCCCCGCGUAUGCACUUCUAUGGGUCAGAUGAUCACGAUCGGAUUCUAUCACUUUCAAAACAAUGCCACUAUGAGACAUCUCAUGCGAUUCGCAGCCCGUGAUCUAUUCUCAUGUAAGAUGGUGUCGUCGAAAUGUCCCAGCUUUGAUUGCUCAGACUUCAUAAAACCGUCGUAUUUUCGGCAGCCCCGCGCUCAGUGCUACAUGUUGGAUGUUGUGCAGUUUCUCCCAAAGCUUCAUCCGUUUCACCAGUGCAACGACAUCUGGUCAUAUAGACUAGAUUUAUACUCGCAGUGGAACCCAUCUCGAGCAAUGCGUUUGGCCUCAGAUACGAUGGAUACAGCAGUCUUCGUGCAGGGUCCAGGAAGUUCCACUCCAUCACGACAACCCGAUGUUGAGUUGCCCACUGGCAGAACUUUGCGUAUUGGUGUACGGCAGUUGGUGACGGAAAGGCUACGAUAUCCGUUUCAAUCCGACUGCCGUACUUAUGAAAGGUUUGGCCCGGCGUUUUUUGGUCAAGAAAGUAGGGAAUAUUGCGCUCAGAAAUGUAUGAUCCGUGAAGAGAUUGAACUUUGUGGAUGUGCGCUAAACUUACACGAGUUCGCCGAAACAGUCGUCAGUGCAGACGUCAUGUGCAACAUACCCCUAACAUUCAAAUGUUUCCAACAAAUAUCGAACUCGGAUGUCGUUGCCCGCUGCACACGACAAUGCAACAUCCACUGCCGGGACGUCUCAUAUGAUAUUAAGGUUUGGUCCGUUCGGGGCUUGGAAUACGCGUCAAAUGAGAUGGGGGCGGAUGAAAAUUUAACGGAACGUGAAAAUGGAUAUCGUUUACAUCUCGAGUUCUACUCGGAUAGAAUCGAAAUCACCGAGGAGCAGCAAAAAUUGUCGAGUAUUGAGCUGCUUGGACUUUUCGGUGGCUACGCAGGAAUGUGGGUUGGACUAUCCCUGUUGGAUACUCUCGAAUAUAUAAGUUUUGUUUUAGUUAACAGAAAAAGUUGAACGAUACAUAAUUCUGAAAUUUACUGAUAGGGAUACGCCCUUUAGAUGUCGGAACUGAUACUGUCGUAAU